GGGUAGCGGGGCCUGGAGGCGGCGGGCGCGGGCUGGGAGCGGCGGGCAUGGCGGGCGGCGGGCGGCGGCCGUAGCUGGGCGCCGGCCUGCGCGUCGGAGGCUCGGGCGGGGCGGCCUCUGCCCGCGGAACCGCGGCCGGGAGCGGGGCGUCGGCGCUAGGCCGCAGCGCGGGGCAUGAGCCGGCCGCCCGCGGGAGCGAUGCCCGGGGCCCCCGAGGCCGCGCAUGGGGACGGGGCCGCCGGGGGCGACGGGGGCGACGGGGCCGCCGGCCGCCAGAGGAAGCUGGACGCGCUCAUCCGGGACCCGCGCUCGCCCAUCAACGUGGAGAGCCUGCUGGAUGGCUUGAACUCAUUGGUCCUUGACUUGGAUUUUCCUGCCUUGAGAAAGAACAAGAAUAUAGACAAUUUCUUAAAUAGAUAUGAGAAGAUCGUGAAAAAGAUCCGAGGUCUGCAGAUGAAGGCCGAAGACUAUGACGUCGUGAAAGUCAUUGGCAGAGGCGCGUUUGGGGAAGUGCAGCUGGUUCGUCAUAAGACAUCACAGAAGGUUUAUGCUAUGAAGCUUCUUAGUAAAUUUGAAAUGAUAAAAAGAUCGGACUCUGCCUUUUUCUGGGAAGAGAGAGAUAUAAUGGCCUUUGCCAACAGCCCCUGGGUGGUGCAGCUCUUCUGUGCCUUUCAAGACGACAAGUACCUGUACAUGGUGAUGGAGUACAUGCCGGGUGGCGACCUCGUGAACCUCAUGAGCAACUACGAUGUGCCCGAGAGGUGGGCCCGCUUCUACACUGCCGAGGUGGUGCUAGCCCUGGACGCCAUCCACUCCAUGGGCCUGAUCCACCGCGACGUGAAGCCCGACAACAUGCUUCUGGACAGACAUGGCCACCUGAAGCUCGCGGACUUCGGCACGUGCAUGAAGAUGGACGGAACAGGCAUGGUGCAUUGCGAUACUGCAGUUGGGACACCUGACUACAUCUCACCGGAAGUCCUAAGAUCACAAGGGGGCGAUGGCUACUAUGGCCGAGAAUGUGACUGGUGGUCUGUGGGCGUUUUCCUCUUUGAGAUGCUGGUGGGGGACACCCCGUUUUAUGCAGACUCACUGGUAGGAACGUACAGCAAAAUCAUGGACCAUAAGAACUCUCUCUGUUUCCCGGAAGAUGCGGAAAUCUCGAAACCUGCCAAGAACCUCAUCUGUGCCUUCCUGACAGACAGGGAGGUGCGACUUGGGAGAAGCGGGGUGGAAGAGAUCAAGCAUCAUCCUUUCUUUCAGAAUGACCAGUGGAGCUGGGAUAACAUCAGAGAGACCGCGGCUCCGGUGGUGCCUGAGCUGACCAGUGACAUCGACAGCAGCAACUUUGAUGACAUUGAAGAUGACAAAGGCGACGUUGAAACCUUCCCGAUUCCUAAAGCCUUUGUGGGGAAUCAGCUGCCUUUCAUAGGCUUCACCUACUACAGAGAAAACUUGUUGUUAAGUGACUCUCCAUCUUGUAGAGAAAAUGACUCGAUACAGUCAAGGAAGAAUGAAGAAAGUCAGGAGAUUCAGAAAAAGCUGUGUUCCCUAGAGCAGCAUCUGAGCUCCGAGGUGCAAGCCCGGGAGGAGCUGGAGCAGAAGUGCAGGUCAGUUAGUACGCGCCUAGAGAAAGUGUCCAAGGAGCUUGAUGAGGAGAUUACCUUACGGAAGACAGUGGAGUCGUCACUGAGGCAGCUGGAGAGAGAAAAGGCACUUCUCCAGCACAAGAAUGCAGAGUACCAGAGGAGGGCCGAGCACGAGGCAGACAGGAAGCGGGGCCUGGAGAGCGACGUUAACACGUUGAAAGAUCAGCUGGAAGAUAUGAAGAAAAGAAACCAAAAUUCUCAGAUAUCCACUGAGAAAGUGAAUCAGCUCCAAAGACAACUGGAUGAAGCCAGUGCUUUGCUGAGAGCAGAGUCUGACACUGCAGCACGGCUAAGAAAAACCCAGGCGGAGAGCUCAAAGCAGAUCCAGCAGCUAGACUGCAACAACAGAGACCUGCAGGAUAAAAACUGCAUGCUGGAGACUGCCCGCUUGAAACUGGAAAAGGAGCUUAUGAAUCUGCAAUCAGUCCUCGAAUCUGAGAGGCGGGACCGGACCCAUGGGUCAGAGAUAAUAAAUGAUUUACAAGGCAGAUUGUCUGGCCUAGAGGAAGAUUUAAAAAAUGGCAGACUCUUACUGGCUAAAGUGGAGACUGAGAAGAGACAUCUGCAGGAGAGAUUCUCGGAUCUGGAAAAGGAGAAGAACAACAUGGAGAUAGAUAUGACGUACCGACUAAAAGUUGUACAGCAGAGUUUAGAGCAAGAAGAAACAGAACACAAGGCUACAAAAGCACGGCUGGCAGAUAAAAAUAAAAUUUAUGAAUCCAUUGAAGAGGCGAAGUCAGAAGCCAUGAAAGAAAUGGAGAAAAAGCUCCUGGAGGAGAGGGCCGUCAAGCAGAAAGUCGAGAACCUGCUUCUGGAGGCUGAGAGGAGGUGCUCCAUACUGGACUGUGACCUCAAGCAGUCCCAGCAGAAAAUAAGUGAGCUUCUUAAGCAGAAGGACACGCUAAACGAGGAUGUUAGAAACCUGACGCUAAAGGUAGAGCAGGAGGCUCAGAAGCGUGCACUUACGCAGAAUGACUUGAAGGUGCAGACGCAGCAGGUCAGCACACUCAGGAUGUCGGAGAAGCAGCUAAAGCAGGAGAAUAACCACCUUAUGGAAAUGAAGAUGAGCCUAGAGAAGCAGAAUUCUGAGCUUCGAAAAGAGCGGCAAGAUGCGGAUGGACAAAUGAAAGAGCUACAAGACCAGCUGGAGGCAGAGCAGUAUUUCUCAACGCUCUAUAAGACACAGGUUAGGGAACUUAAAGAGGAAUGUGAAGAAAAGACCAAACUCUGCAAAGAAUCCCAGCAGAAGAAACAGGAAUUGCAGGAUGAAAGGGACUCCCUGGCCGCGCAGCUGGAGAUCACACUGACCAAGGCCGACUCUGAGCAGCUGGCGCGCUCCAUUGCUGAGGAGCAAUACUCUGACCUAGAGAAGGAGAAGAUCAUGAAGGAGCUGGAGAUCAAAGAGAUGAUGGCCCGGCACAGGCAGGAGCUCACAGAGAAGGACGCCACCAUCGCCUCUCUUGAAGAAACUAACCGGACACUGACUGGUGAUGUUGCCAAUCUUGCAAACGAGAAAGAGGACUUAAAUAACAAGCUGAGAGACACUCAGGAACAGCUGUCCAGGAUGAAAGAGGAAGAGGUCAGUGCCACCGCUAUUAAAGCACAGUUUGAGAAGCAGCUGUUGACAGAGAGAACACUGAAGACUCAGGCUGUGAAUAAGUUGGCAGAGAUCAUGAACCGCAAAGAGCCCGUCAAGCGGGGCAGCGACACAGAUGUGCGGAGGAAAGAGAAGGAGAACCGGAAGCUGCACAUGGAGCUCAAGUCUGAGCGCGAGAAGUUCACGCAGCAGAUGAUCAAGUACCAGAAGGAGCUGAACGAGAUGCAGGCUCAAAUAGCUGAGGAGAGCCAGGUCCGCAUCGAGCUGCAGAUGGCCCUGGACAGCAAGGACAGUGACAUCGAGCAGUUGCGCUCACAGCUGCAGGCCCUGCACCUGGGCAUGGACAGUGCCAGCACAGGCAGCGGCCCUGGGGACGCAGAGGCGGACGACAGCUUCCCAGUCCGUGUCACUCGGUCCCGCACAGUGGAGUCUCUGUCCUUCACCUAUCACCGCUCCUGCUCGUCUGUCAGCUUCGCGACCGAGCCGCGCGGCCCCGGGCCGUGGGACUCCCACUCUGACUCGGAAGAAUCCCUAUCUUGCUCGCCCAUGUCCGUGCCGCUGGGACCUGGGGGUGCAGAGUCGAGGCUGGAAGGCUGGCUCUCGUUGCCAGUGAGGAACAACACAAAGAAGUUUGGCUGGGCCAAGAAGUUUGUGAUUGUGAGCAGUAAGAAGAUCCUCUUCUACGACAGUGAACAAGACAAGGAGCAGUCUAACCCAUACAUGGUGUUAGACAUAGACAAGUUAUUUCAUGUCCGGCCAGUCACACAGACAGAUGUCUACAGAGCAGAUGUUAGAGAAAUUCCAAGAAUAUUCCAGAUUCUGUAUGCCAAUGAAGGAGAAAGUAAGAAGGAACAGGAGUUUCCAGUAGAGCCAGUGGGAGAAAAAUCCAAUUAUAUCUGCCACAAGGGGCACGAGUUCAUCCCGACUCUCUAUCACUUCCCGACCAACUGUGAGGCUUGCAUGAAGCCUCUGUGGCACAUGUUCAAGCCGCCCCCUGCCCUGGAGUGCCGGCGCUGCCACAUCAAGUGCCACAAGGACCACAUGGACAAGAAGGAGGAGCUCGUAGCGCCCUGCAAAGUGUAUUAUGACAUUUCCUCGGCAAAGAACCUGCUGCUGUUAGCGAAUUCCACAGAAGAUCAGCAGAAGUGGGUUAGUCGGCUGGUGAAAAAAAUACCCAAGAAGCCUCCAGCACCGGACCCCUUUGCCCGCUCGUCUCCUCGUACCUCAAUGAAGGUCCCACAGAACCAGUCUGUCAGGCGGCCAAGUCGGCAGCUCGCCCCCAACAAGCCCAGCUAACUGCCUUCUGUGAACGCAGUCAUCACCCAGGGUGAUCAUAUUCUUCAAUUCAGACAAGACUCAUGUUUUCCCGAGAGACUGGAACACACAGCGUGUGUGCAUCUGUGUGGAUGUUUCCUCCUUCUCGCAGCAGCAGUGCUGGGUCUCGGAGACAUGUCAGGGGACCCUCUGGAGGGCACGAGGGCGAGUACGCAGCUCUGCAGACGUGUCGCCUGGCGCUCCCCCGGCCAUAUGCCACUCACACUACAGUGCUGAACGCGAGUCCAAGUAAACCUUCCUGUCAGCUGCAGCGGAGAGAUCCCAUCAGCACAGCCGUCAGAAGAGUGUGAGGGGGGUCCCACACAGUUAGGCCAGCCGUACCGACUGCACCCUGCAGACGUGACCUUGCGUGUCAGAGUGUGCACACAUGUACAUGCACAUGCACACGCACAGCUGCAGGGCUUGCUGCAGGAGGGCCUUUUAACUUCCCACUUGACCUUUCACACACUGAUGAGCUGUCACUGCAGAUGCGACCACACUUGUCCGAAGCCAUGCAUCAGCCUGUCACCUGUGUGCACCUGACGAGCUGCACGCUCACGCGUAAGCGCUUGCUGUGAGGACUUCAGGGUUAAUCAUACUGGUCUCCUAGUGCUUCAUGGUAGAGAACUUUAAUCAUUUGGAAUGCCUUAAUUUAAUUUUUUUUAAGUCACAACUCUUUUCUGUAUUAAAAAAAUGUGUUUAUUUGCUCUUAGGAUGCAAAUUUAUUUGCUUUGCAGAAGAAAAACAGUGCACUAUUUUUACAUGUGAUAGUUAUCAUUGUCAUUCUAUCUUGAUUGUAUAACAGAGUUUUUUUUUAAGUAUUGGUCAUAGAAAUAAUAAUGGAUAGUAUUGGAACUAAUAUAUCUUUUAUGUAUGUCUUCCAUUCUCCCAGCCUCCUACAGACUCACUGUCAGCGUGACCACAAAAUAUUUUAAGUAUUGGUGAUAGAAAUAAUAAUGGAUAGUGUUGAAACUAAUAUAUCUGUCACGGAUGUCUCCCAUUCAGACUCAGUAUCAGCGUGACCAUGAAAUACUUUCUCUGCUUUGAAUCUGCUCGCUACCUUAGAUGUGUGUUUAUUUCUGGUAAAGAUAUUUCCUGACUAUUUUUACAUCUUCAAAAAUCAUGUCAGUCAGAUAUAAAGAAAACCACACUAUAGUAUAGAUCUGUUUUAAAUAUUUGAAUGUGAUCCCUCAACACACACUUGUGUAUGGCAAUAUUUCAGUAUUGGCUUGGAAAACUGGUAGUGGGAAAAAUGGCCUCAGAGGCCCUCAGCUCCACUUUUGAAGAACAUUUCUGCAGGUGCCCUUGCUUAUGACGUAGUGUGUGUUCCAGGCCUGCAGCGUCUGGAGACGCCACACAGGAUCCCCACCUGAUCUUAGGUUCUCGUUGCUACUGUUCGAGCAAAGCCUGCUUUAUACUGCUGCCUUACGCAAGAUGACCUGCGUCCUGAGGUUAAGGCCAUACAUGUGCAGGCAGAGAGUUUGAUGUGGAGUUUGCCACACAGAGUCUCAGCCGCUUCCCUCUGGACUCAGUGAGAGACGAGAUGUUUCAGGAGCCACGGCCUCAGCCGGGGCCUCGGCACCCUGUGAUGUCCUGCCCUGCACUGCCCAGCCUGCACCUCUCGCCCUCGGUUGAACUUCUGCCUGCCAUUCCCCUGUGUGGCAUGUCCUGCACCCCAGUUCCAGGGCACAGCUUUUUUUUUUAAGAUUAAAAAAAUGAAAAAGUAUAUAAAAUUUAUAUAGAAUAAAUAUUUCCAUUCACAAGACUUGUUAAAAGGAGACUGAAUUAAUAUUUUAUAUAAAGAUUUUGUUACACUAUGGGAAGUUCUAUCGUAUUCUGAAUUGGAGAGUAUAUAUAUAUAUUUUUAAUAAACUUUAUUAAGGUGAAGUAAUUUGAAGUUUACACAUGAAUAACUGAAAUAUUUGAGUAAAAAUGGCAAAAGUUUAAAUUUUGGAUGCUGUAUAUAAUAUGGAGAAUCAUGGGGGAUGCAAGGACACAAAAAAAUCAAUGUGAAGUUUCUGGGGUAAAAGGAUUCUGAGGGGUGGAAAAAUCUCUCCCAUGGAGAUUCUUGAGAUGAUACGGUUUGCCGUGAGGAUUUAUGAGGUUAUUUGUCCAGUAAUGGAAAUGCGCUUAAUAAAAAAUUCUGACCUGGGUAAGAA